UUGAUUAAUGAUUAAUAGUGUGUGUUGAUAAAUUGUUAAACUUUGAUGAAUUUAUAAAAAAAUUAAUUUAAUAUUUUAUUUGUUCACCUGGAUCUACAAUUUGCAUUAUUGACGAAAAAUGAAUUUCAACGCGAAUGCGGGGGUUCGCAAUAAUCCAGGGCCAGGACCAAGCCGGAAAGUGAAACGUGUUGCUGAUAUAAACGCUUUAGGAUCUGCACCAAUUCCAAAUAACCCAUAUAUUCCAACAAAUGCUAAUUUAGAAUCUAUUCCAACAGAAACAAAUAUGGCAACGGAUAUUACAAAUACUUAUAGUAGUGUACCGGGUAAUUCGAAUUUCGGCUAUAUACAGCAGCCUUCAUUAAUGGAAGAAAAUAUGCCACGUUCAGGAUACGGCAUGUACUCACCGCAAGACUUAAACCAACAAAUGCCAAGAAAUCCACAACAACAGCCAGACUUUUCAGCAUUAUCUGCAAACAUAUCAAUGUUGCAACAGCCUGUGGUUCAAGACAUGGCUAUGCAAUACGGUCAAAAACUAGCUGAUCAAGGAAAACAAUUAAUGGAAAAUCAAUUUGAGAAGUGGAUUCCUGUAACACGAUUAAAAUACUAUUUUGCUGUUGAUAAUAAAUAUGUUAUUAAUAAAAUUAAGCUCUUAUUUUUCCCAUUUACACAUAAGGAUUGGUCUUUGAAGUUUGAUCAGGAAAAUCCAGUACAGCCUCGGUAUGAUGUAAAUGCUCCUGAUUUAUAUAUACCAACAAUGGCUUACAUAACCUACGUUGUAUUAGCUGGACUAAUGCUGGGAAUGCAAAAUAGAUUUACUCCGGAACAAUUAGGAAUACAAGCAUCCAGUGCUUUAGCUUAUAGCAUAUUUGAAAUGAUAAUUUACACCAUUACUUUAUACGUUGCUAAUAUUCCGACUAAUUUAAAAACGCUAGAUCUUGUGGCAUUUUCUGGUUAUAAAUUUGUGAUUAUGGUUGCAUGUGUUAGUGUUAGCAUACUCUUUUAUAGAUCUGGAUAUUACAUUGCUCUUAUUUAUACAAGUUUGUCGCUGGGCUUUUUUUUACUUAGAACUUUAAGGACUAAGGUUUUGAAUGACGCGAAUGCACAAACAGCGCCAGCUGGUGGUCUAAACUAUGAUCCAUAUGGUACCCCACAAUCUACAAAUCAAUUCGAUUACACUUUGGGUAGAAAAAGAAAAUUGUACUUUUUAUUUUUGGUAAUUGGCAUUCAAAUAUUUUUAACGUUUUGGUUAUCAAAACAUUUGAUUCUAUACGGGUUAACGUCCAAUGUACAAGUUUCGGACAAGGAAACAUAAAAUUUCUCAAUAAAGGAUUAUCAUCAAGUUUAUUUUUCUACUUUUGAAAAAUGCAAUUACAUAAAUGAAUUUUGGUUUAAUCAUAGAAAAUUAUUUUUGUCAAAAUUAAAUUUAUAUUGAUUAAGAAAACGUUGAAUAAACUAAGAUAUUACACUA